UUAUUUACUCGCUUACUACAAGAAAAGUUUCAAGGACAUACUGGCAUCUUAUAUAAAUGAUAACACAUAUUAUAUCGUGUAAAUGAUAACACGUAUUAUACCGUGAUCUGAAAUAUAAUAACUUACAAAGGUUACACUUGUGAAGGUAAAUAGAAACCAUGGCCAACGAGUAUCUUAUAUCAAAAUGGAAAAUGUGGUUUACCUGGCUAGAUAUUAAUAAGGAUGGCAUACUGGACGCACAAGACAUCGAGUCGGAAAGGCAAAGGUUUGUUGAAUUGAACGAGUUCAGCACAGAACAAAUAAAUGCUGCCAUGGAGGUUUUUGCAAAAUGGUGGGAGGAAUUUAUUUUCUGUGGAAAAAGUGAGCUAUCAGAAGAAGCUUUGAUUAAAUCUUUCAAUGACGCCUUCAAAGCGAACAAAAAAAGAUUUAUAGAGAAAAUGCGCCGUUCUUUUCAAGUCGCUUAUAAUGUGGUUGAUAUUCAUAGUAAUCAAUGCAUAUCCGAGGAUGAAUUCAUAGUUGGUUUAAGGACGUCAGGACACGAAAAUAUUGAGCUCAAUCGAAGGUUCUUCCAGAUGUAUAAUCCAGUAGAUGGCCACAUUCCUGUAAAAGAACUAGUUGAGUCUUGGGUUCAGUUUACAACUUGUGAGGACAAAGAGAAACACGACAUCGUGAAAACAGCUUUUGAAUUAGGUGUUUGACGAUUUUACUUAACACAUCAAUUGACUUUAUUAAUAGUCUAUCUCUAGCAAUAUUUGAUAGUUUUUGCUAGGUGAUGAUGUCAUAAGGUAUGACUAUAUUAACACUGCUUUAUUCUAUUCUGGAUGUGCUUGAAAAUUCAACAUUAGGUGAACAUAACUGGAAAUGACAUAGCUGUUUUAAAUGAGUGAAUUUAAGUGUGCAAGACAAUUAUGUGCAUUUUCGUUCUUUGACAAGAUGUUACAAAUAGGGCACCGUUUAUUUAAACAAUAAUUAAAAAAGAUAAUUCAGAAAAUUGUUUUGUUUGUUUAUGUUCUUCUUAUUUUAUACAUUUAUGUAGGCAAAAAAGUAUGAAAGUCAAUAUAACCAGUUAUUAAAGUC